AGCUAAGGCAUUUGCUAUCGACGUUUGUGCCAGGUAAGUACUACGUAAUAGUAGUACUCGUAGCGGUAGCCCAAAAAAGAUGGGCUUCGCCUCAGCUGAAGUAUUUAUGACUAUGACUCCAAGCUAAGUCAACUGCUAUCGACGUUUGUGCCAGGUAGUGAAGUAAUUUACGAAAUACGAAGUAGUGGUGUUGGGGUUGGAAACAUAAGCUAUGCAAAAUUGAAGCAUGUACACUGAUAUAACGAGAUACUGCGAUUCUAUCACCUCAUUGUUUUUGAUAAAAAUUAUUGUUUUUUUUUAAGCUUUUCAAAUCGUCUUCAAUCCAAUCCAUCCCUGUAUCGUCAUGAAAAUUCUUCGUUUUCCUACGUUUUUCUUCCUUUUCCAUGCUGUUGCUGGUCCGGUGGCGUCAAGUCUCGAUUCUGGAGAUCCUUCCGCAUUGUCUUCUGGCACCAGCAACAAGGAAGAAGUCUCCGUGUCAUCUCCUCAUGUUGAUUGGAUUGGCUUCUCUCCUGUUGUUGCUGAUGACGAGGACAAUGUAGGAUCUGUGGAUACUCCUGUUGACUUUGUUACCCAUCACCAAGAAGGUACUGAGGUGAAUGGCUCUGUCGUUUUGGACCCUCAAGAUGGUGAUGGGCAAGAGAGCUCUCCUGCUGUGCAACGAAGGUUGACCCCCAAGAAAGUCAAGGCCUCUCAACAACCAAAAAAGACCAAGAAACAGUCAAAAUCCCCAACUGCUUCCCCCAUGUCCCCCCCAACUCUCUCCCCUGUGACCGAUUUAAAAUGCAUUGAUGUAUUUACAGGCAACCGCACGUACUUUCCAAGUUGCAAGAACACAGUCAGCUUGAUUUCUGUUAAGUGUGACAGUGAAGGUCUAUGUGUAUAUUCUCAACGCGUCAUUAAGCUUGAUGACAACGGAAAUCCGCAGGUGGACAACGACACAUGCGAACUCUUCGGAGAAUUUUCUUACAACGACAAAGUCAUGGUCAAGUCUCCUGAAUGCGAACUGCACCUUGAACCAAUCCAACUUGGUCAAUUUGGUGAAUGCAGCUUUCCCAACAAAGGACUCAACUAUGGCGCACCAAAUGUGAUGAAAGCCAAAAUCUAUCCUGAUGAGACCAUGGACCUCAUCUUUAGUGCAGAUGAUGGGAAAACAUUUUUUGAAGACACGCGGGUUGCUACUCCAAAGACCGAAGAAGGAAUUCCCGUGUUAGACAUUCCCAUGUUAGAAUCCUAUGAUUGUGACCAACUUGAGUCACCCCUAGGCAUACGUUGUGAAUCUGUAAGUUCAGCUAUUUUGAUAAAAGAACAAUCAUGUUUCCAACUAUUAAUUUUGAUCCACAAACUGACGCCGUUGCUUUGUCUUCUGAUUACGAACAACAAAGAAUGAUGAUUGCAAGGAUUUCGAGGAAUCACCUUGGUGUUUAACCAUAAGUGGUUACGAUUAUCCCCCCCUUAAUUAUUGCUAUCAGUGUUACCUUGAUUCUCAUUGCGGCAAUAAUCAAUACUGUCAGUU